UUGGGGGGACAGUAGGAGAGGCUACUGUCUAUCACAUGCCCUUUGGUAUCAAGCAUACAGGGCCUACUGCUCUCGCGACCUACUUUACUGUCACUGAGCCUCUGCCCACAUCUCCGGCUGCUGCUAUCCAGCCAGCUGGCGUCUCACAGUUGGUCAUUCCUGAUGGCUAUGACGCCUUGGUCUUGCACAAGUCCGGCAAUCGGAGCUCAGAGUGGGAGGCUGUUCACAACAUGACAUCGAUUGUGUACUUUAACCAUGCAAAGCCACCCUCCAUCAAUGAUGCCAUCCCAAAGUGCUUCUCCUGGCUUCAUCUGGCAAAGGUCCUUCACAACCCGGUCGGCGCUCCCCUCCCUGACCUUCCGCCUGCGACUGAGGCGAAGAGAUCGGCUGCAAAGACUGGUGCAACCGCUCACUCGUCGACUGCAUCAACACCGUCCACUGCAUCAGCACCGUCCACCGCAGCUCCUGCGAGCGCAGCCGGAGAGGUCGAGGCGGCACCAAAUGACGAAGCUCAGAAGGUCGAAGGCGAUGUGACAGGGUACGUCAAGCCAACGCAGGUUCUGACUGGCGUCAAGGCUGAUGCCGAGACGCUGCGCAAGCGCCAAGAAGCCAUCGCCAAGCGGCGGUCGGCAACCGCCAACCCCAAGGCCGCGGUCAAGCCCAAGUCCAAGCCCAAGCCCAAGCUGAUCAAGCGCAAGCGGCCGGCCAAGGACGAGCCUAGUACUACAGGAGGCGACGAUGAUGGUAUUGCACCAGUGGCCAAGAAGGCCAAGCCGCUCACGGGUGCGGACGAGUAGAUGUUGGACUCCAUUG